UCUCGUCUGGAACGUCGGAUCAAAAUGACACGAUUAUUUUUGAUAUUUUUAUUAGUCAAUUUCGCUUGCAGUGCGAACAUUUUCUUUUUCAAUCCUUUAUGUUCGAAAAGUCAUUUUAUUUGGAAUUAUGCACUUAUAAGUGGAUUGAUUGCUAAAGGGCACAACGUAACAUUUUUUGACGCUUUUGCGAAACAAAUGCCCGAAAGUGAUUUGUAUCAUCCUGUGGAUUAUAAAUAUUACACUGUUAAGGGAGAACCCGAUGAAUUUCCGGAUGGAAAUAUAGCUGUGCAAAUUCCUCACUUUAUGAUACUAGUAGAUGAAAUGUGUGACUUUCUCUACAAAUCUGAAAACCUGGACUCAAUUCUGCUAAACAAAGACAAGUACAAAUUUGACCUCAUCAUUAUCGACAUCACGAUACUACCAUGUGCAGUAGCCUCACUACAUGCCUUCCCUGACAUCCCAGUUGUCGGUGUUACUCCAUUUUUGUUAGCACCUGAGUUUUCACACAUUUUCGGCAAUAAUUUACAACCUGCGUACAUACCUCAUUUCUUCUCCCAUUUUGCUGAUGAUAUGACCUUUAUGGAGAGAGUUUACAACUUUUUGGCUACCUACGGAACAGAAUUUGGAUAUUACGUCUACUGGAACAAAUAUGAGGAAGCGGCUAAGAAAAAAUACGGAUCGGAACAUGCACCAUAUAUGAAAAAUAUUGAUAGAAUUUCUUUGUUGUUAAGCAACACUAAUCCGCUGUUGCAUUAUCCUCAGCCGUUGCCCCCGAAUAUUAUUCCAGUUGGAGGGCUUCAAGCCAAACCGGCAAAAAAGUUACCACUGGAUUUGCAAAAGAUUCUUGAAGAUUCAAAGGACGGAGUAAUAGUAUUUUCGUUGGGCACAAAUAUGAGAUCUGAUAAAUUUCCAGUUGAAAAAAGGGAAUCGCUUCUGGCCGCCUUCAGUCAAUUGAAUCAAACCGUUUUAUGGAAAUAUGAAAGUGAACUUGAAGACUUACCCAAAAAUGUCAUUGUACGCAAAUGGCUACCACAAAAUGACGUAAUUGCACAUCCAAAUGUUGUUCUGUUCAUCGGACAUGGAGGAGCCCUAAGCACUCAAGAAGCAUUGUACCACGGAGUUCCAAUCAUUGGAAUUCCAUUUUUCCUCGACCAAUUCAUCAACGUUAAAACGUUACAACAAAAACAACGUGGUGCUUUGCUAGAGUACAAAACAAUGACUUCUAAACAAAUCGUAGACACUAUUCGAGAAGUCAUUAAUAAUCCCAUAUACAGGAAGAACGUUAAACAAGUGUCUGAAAGAUUUAGAAGUUUGCCAUUAAAACCUUUGGAUGUGGCAGUACAAUGGGUGGAAUACUCUUUAAAACACAACGGGACUUCUUUCUUAAAUCUUAAAUCGCGUCAUAUGAACUUUUUACAAUUUACUUGUUUGGAUGUAGUUUUGUUUUUGGUUGGAGUUGUUAUUGCAGUUUGUUGGAUUGUUGCUUUUUUUGCUCAUAAAAUUUUUAUUCUUGUAUGUAAUAAAUCAUCACAAAAGAAGAAAAGUGAUUAGGAAUUUAUGUGUUUAAUAAAGAAAGAUUUUAAACA